AUGGGAAAUUGGCAGUUGGAAGUGUUCAAGAUGGCCAUGUACAUCUCUUUCCCGGUGGGACUGUUCUACGUGUUCAACCAGCCCCAGUUCUUCGAGGAGUGGGUCGUGAAAACCAAGCGCGAGUGCUACCCUCCGCAGGACAUGGAGACUGAUCGUGAGAUCAAGGCCUACAUGGAAACGGUGAAGGCAAAAAGGAAACAGGAACUACUCAAAGAACUGGAGAGCAACUGAGGACCGAAUGUGUGCGACGAACGGAACAUGUGAAUGCUGUGCACCUGUGUCGUGCGGGGUCGCUAGAAGGCGUGUGCGGUCACAUCGUGGUGUGGACCUCGUUGAAUAGAACCAUUGAGUAGAACCAAGAAUGCCCGACACCAUACUGACCAUAUGCCUGGCAUUGUUCAGCCUUGGACAUCAUAGGGGUUAAUUAAAAUCAAUCCUGCGUUUUCA